UAUGGCUUCACUCGCAAAGUCAGGGAGAGGUGGAAAACAAUCCACUGAGGGAGAAAAAAAACACUCAUACCACACUCACAUUGGAGCUGAGGGGACAGAGAGCAACAAGCUCAUGGACUGAAACUGGACAGCUUCAAGAGAGGAAAACUGUUAAUAUCUAUGAGAUUAUUCUGAUUCAGGUUGUAUUGCUUUGAGCAGAGACAUUAGUUGCAGGAUAUAAUUUACAGGUAACAGAAGUGAAGAUGUUUGCGGUGCACUUGCUCUCUUUCUAUUUCUCCAAGCUGCAGGAGGACCAAAUCAGGAAGGUGGACAGAUUCCUGUAUGCCAUGCGUCUCUCCGAUGACCAGUUAGUUGACAUUUCAGCUCGCUUUCGUGCAGGCAUGGAAAAAGGACUGUCCAGUGAAAGCAAUGCUACAGCCGCGGUCAAGAUGCUGCCCACACAUGUCCUCUCAACCCCUGAUGGAUCAGAGAAGGGAGAGUUCCUGGCGUUAGAUCUGGGCGGCUCCAAGUUUAAAGUGCUCCAGGUGAAGGUGUCUGAGAAUGGGAAGAGAAGGGUGGAGAUGGAGAGUGAGACAUACCCUAUCCCAGAGGAACUCCUGAACGGUAGAGGGACUGAGAUGUUUGACCAUGUUGCAGAGUCUCUGAAAGACUUCCUGCAAAAGAAGCACAUCAACCAGAAGAGGAAAGCUUUGGGCUUCACCUUCUCUUUCCCUUGUGGACAGUCCAAAAUAGAUGAGGGAGUGCUGUUGUCAUGGUCAAAGAACUACAAGGCCAGAGGAGUCCUGGGGACCAAUGUGGUGCAAUCCUUGAGACAGGCCAUUGAUAGAGUCGGGGGAACCAAUGUGGAUGUCCUGGCCCUUGUUAAUGACACAGUGGGAACCAUGAUGACCUGUGGCUAUGACGACCAGCGUUGUGAAGUGGGGGUCAUCAUAGGCACAGGUACUAAUGCUUGUUACAUGGAGGAGCUGAGACACAUUGACCUGGUGGAAGGAGACGAGGGCAGGAUGUGCAUCAACACAGAGUGGGGAGCCUUCGGGGACGAUGGGGCACUCGAUGACUUCAUUACACAUUUUGACCGAGAGAUUGAUGCUGCCUCCACCAACCCAGGGAAGCAACUGUUUGAGAAGAUGGUGAGUGGGAUGUACAUGGGGGAGUUGGUGAGACUCAUUCUGUUAAAGAUGGCCAAGAAGGGACUACUGUUUGAUGGCAGAGUUUCCAAUGCUCUACGCACCAAAGGGAAAUUUCAAACCAAACACAUCACUUUAAUUGAACAGUACAAAGACGGGCUGAAGAACACCAGGGAAAUCCUUACAGAGCUCGGCCUUUCCCCCUCAGCAGAUGAUUGCCUUGCCGUCCAACACGUCUCCACCAUCGUGUCCUUCAGGUCAGCUAACCUCUGCGCCGCUGCGCUGGCUGCCAUCCUCACCCGCAUCCGCGAGAACAGGAAGCUGAAGAGCUUGCGGAUCACUGUUGGGGUUGACGGAACUGUCUACAGAACACAUCCACAGUACCCCAAGAGGCUCCACAAGGUGGUGCGCCGGUUGGUGCCAGAGUGCCAUGUGCGCUUUGUGCUGUCUGAGAGUGGUAGCAGUAAGGGGGCUGCUAUGGUAACAGCGGUGGCUCAGAGGCUGGCGGCCCAGAGGAGGGAGAUCAAUGACACUCUUGCUCUACUCAGCCUGAGUCCAGAGAACCUCCAGCAGGUCAGGGACAAGAUGAGAGUGGAGCUAGAGAGAGGCCUUAGGAAGGAUUCCCACAGAACUGCCUCUGUUAAAAUGCUGCCCUCCUUUGUGUACAGGACACCUGAUGGGACAGAGCGAGGAAAGUACUUGGCUUUGGACCUGGGAGGAACUAACUUCCGGGUGUUGGUGGUGAAGAUCCGGAGUGGAAUACGCAAGUCUGUCCGCAUGUACAACAAGAUCUACGCCAUCCCUCUGGAGAUCAUGCAGGGCACAGGAGAGGAGCUGUUCGACCACAUUGUCCAGUGCAUCUCAGAUUUCCUGGACUACAUGGGGAUGAAGAAUACUCGUCUCCCGCUUGGUUUCACCUUUUCUUUCCCCUGCAGACAGACAGGAAUCGAUAAGGGAAGUUUGGUUAGCUGGACCAAAGGGUUCAAAGCCACAGACUGUGAAGGAAAUGACGUUGUGGAAAUGCUCCGAGAGGCUAUCAAAAGACGGAAUGAAUUUGAUCUUGACAUUGUUGCUGUGGUGAAUGACACAGUGGGCACAAUGAUGACAUGUGCAUAUGAAGACCCCAAGUGUGAGAUAGGACUCAUUGCUGGGACGGGGAGUAAUGUGUGCUACAUGGAGGAGAUGAGGAACAUUGAGAUGGUGGAGGGGGACGAGGGACAGAUGUGUGUGAACACAGAGUGGGGCGGUUUUGGCGAGAAUGACUGCAUCGAGGACAUCCGGACCAGGUUUGACAGAGAAGUAGAUGAGGGGUCAUUGAACAACGGCAAACAAAGGUUUGAGAAGAUGACCAGCGGUAUGUAUUUGGGGGAGAUAGUGAGGCAGAUUCUCAUCGACCUAACCAGGAGAGGUCUUCUGUUCCGAGGCCACAUCACAGAGCCUCUGAAGACCAGGGGCAUCUUCGAGACCAAGUUCCUGUCCCAAAUAGAGAGUGACCGGUUGGCGCUACUGCAGGUGAGGUCCAUCCUGCAGCAGCUGGGUCUGGACAGCACAUGUGAUGACAGUAUCAUCGUCAAGGAGGUGUGUGGUACAGUGUCUCACCGGGCGGCUCAGCUCUGUGGAGCCGGAAUGGCCGCCAUUGUCGACAAAAUCAGAGAGAACCGUGGGCUGAACCAAAUUAACAUCACCGUGGGGGUGGACGGAACACUCUACAAGCUGCAUCCACACUUUUCCAGAAUCCUCAAGGACACGGUCAAGGCUCUGGCGCCACAGUGUGACGUGGAGUUUGUCCUAUCAGAAGAUGGCAGUGGAAAAGGGGCCGCCCUCAUCACAGCUGUGGCGCGUGGAGAAACUUAACACAAGAUUAGACCUCGUGUAUGCACAGUUUUUUUGUGCCAAACACACAAAGGAAUUGGGACCCUUGUGGUUCUUUCUAAUCGUCGUCUGCCAUUGUAAAUGUAAUGUAAGGAAGGUGUGAUGCUGUGCAAUAUUCUCUGGCCAUAGUACCACUGCAAUAUAAUCAAAUAGCUACUGUUAAAAUUCUGUCUGUAUUUGGAUUAUCCACCUCUACACUGCUAUACCUAUCCAGACCCUCUUGCAAAACAUUGAAUGGGUUAGGACGAAGGGGAAGAGGUAGGGAGCAGAUUGAGACUCACUGCUACUAUCUAGAUGUGUUAUUGCGUUGUUUUGAAAUGGUCCUCAUGCUCUCAGCAGACAGGAACAGCAAUGGGAGUGGCCCAGAGCAGAGGGAGUUGGAAAAUGGAAUGGAUCAGACUGGAAUGUCAUAACAACACUAUUCAGCAUUGUGAUGAUCUGGUGGGUGAAGUCUGAGGAAGUUAAACUUGCAACUUUGUUCAAGCUCUCCAUAUGCAACAGAGUAUGUGUCAACUUGUAUGAUGCUUUUUUAUUUUAGAUAUCAACAGGACUAAUUCCACUUAUAUGAAUAUAUUAGUACUGAAGGAAAUCCCUCUCAAUGUACAGAAUAUACCCAUUAAAAUUAUCUGUAUUCAAUAAACUACUCCAAAUAAUACAA